ACGAAAUGCAAACGAAAUGCAUAAGUUAACUUUACGUUUACCGUUAUUCAAAAACUCUUAUCCCAUCAUGUAAUUUCAUCGACGGGGAAGGAUUUGUUCGAAUGUAGCCGUGUCCUUGUUGUCAAUAGCUUGCUAUCUGUGUAGAAAAGUCAAUAUGGCUGAGGUCAGAGAGGAUGCUGCAGAGACAGUCGUAUCCACCAGAACACAGUCAAGAAAACGACAAAGAAAACAACAGCAUCAAACGAGGAUUGGUGUUCACGAUUCUACAAAUGACUUACAGUUCUAUGAAGUUAGUGUACCAGUGGAGGAAAAUCCAGUAAAAAAACUGAAGGUAGAAGAGGAGUGCAGAGGCAUUGAUGGUGUUUUCUCACUUUAUCCUGACAUGACGGGAGAUAAUGGUAGACGAGAUUUCAGUUUGAGCAAGCGUCAACUAAAGCAGCUGUCAAAAUUGAAGCUGCAACAGAAGACGAGGCUAGAUGAUCUGGAUGAGCAUAAUCGUUUUUUGCUACAUGAAGGAUACAACAGUAGAAAAAUUCAGGAGGAGGCAUCAGAGUUGUCCAGCUUAGAUGACCUAAGUGUUUCAAAGACAGAGGAAGAGGAGAUCCUUGAAAGAGCAGAGUUGUAUGCUCUAACAGCUGCUCCAGAUCCAAGAUUCUAUAUCUUAGAAAGCCAGGAUGCACCUUUAGACUUGUCAUCCUGCUCAAGGGACUUCAGCAAGGACUUGAAAUUUCAAAACUCUUAUGCUGGAAGCUCUUAUAAUUCAACCAGGAAACGCAAGAGAAGAUCCUACAACAAUAUCAACUGUUAUGUCACUCAUCACAACAAGAAAGAUGCCUCUGAUAACACGCAAAUGCUCCCCGAAGGUACAAGGCUUAUUAAGCCUCCAAAUAAACUAGUAGAACUGGUGGCGCAAGUUUUAGAUAGCAGUCCAGAUGGUCUUCUCCAAGUCCAACACAUUUACACAGUUCUGCAAAACAAGUAUCCAUACUUCCGCUACAUGGACAAGUCUUCUAUCAACAGUUGGAGGAGCUCUAUUCGCCAUGCUUUAUACCAGAAAUGGUUUAAGAAGGUCCGCUUUCAAACAGAUGCCAUUAACAGUAAAGGCUGCUUCUGGGCAAUAAACAGAAAGUACAACCCCAAAGAAUGGACUAUGCCUGGGAAUGACGUUGAUGAUGAUGGUGGGUUAUCAUUGGAUGAUGAUGGCAGCUUGGAUCUGGAUCUGGACCUGGAGGAGGAUGAAUCUCUAGCAGCUGUGGCCUGUAUGUUGGCUGACUGUGACACUCUACUUGAGAAUGACUCGGACUAUGGCUCAGAGGAACAGCAAGACUUUUCUGCCCAAGAUGUUGACUGCAUGAAAGAACCUGUUCAAGGUGGUCGACAGUUCAGCUUACCGGCAACUUUAAAAAGUGACCCUGACCCAAUCUUGACCUCUUGUUCUCCAAUUAAUGAUGAGCCCAGAUCAGAAUCCAAGUCGCCACAGUAUGUUACACAGGUUAACACUCCAGUAUUGAGUUUUCCUGAGGAAUCGUCCACAUAUCACAUGGACAACCAUUGUAUCCAUGACUGGAAUGUGCCAAUAUGGGAGGCUGAGAAUUGUCACCACUACUCACAGCUGAAUUACUCUCAGCCGCCGGUGUACUGUUGGGACUAUAUGUCAGCAGCAUACCCAUCUGUUUGCUCAGAUCACAUGGACUCUAAUAUUUCCAUGAUGGAUGCCGGAAUACCAUAUAGUUAUCCAAUGCAACCUUAUAUGGAUGACCACUGUUUUUCCUAGUUCUGGUGUUACAUUAAAAAAAUCUAAUUCUAUGCAGUCAGUCGGACUUCCUUGCUGAUUAGCAUAAAAUCAUUGCUGACCAGUGCAUUGAGAAGAAAAAGGCAAAGUUGAUUAGAAUCUUCCUAAAAGUUUCCAGGUGCUACAAAGUGCUAGAAGUGAGUUGUCUACAGUCUUUAAAGGAAUAGGAAUUCAACUGUGUUUAAGGAGAUGACAGAAUGUCAGUAGGGCUUGAAAUAGACUGGGUUACUGGUGUUCGGACAUAUGUGAUGUGUAAUCACGUAUAUUUUUGGAACUCCUUUAAACUGUAUGCAGUUUGUUUUAUUAAGCUUACUUUCAGUAACAGCGAGAGGAUAAUGCUGUACAUGAAAAUAGGAUACAUCAAAGUGACUAUUUAUAUUUUAUUAAAGGGGAUAUUGAGGAUAUUGUAAUGGAUCAAGCAGUUGCCAAAGACAAAUGUCUUUGUCUUGAGAGCAAUUUUUUAAUGAUCAAAAUCUUUUAUACCCUUAUUUCUCAACCGUUUUGUGUACUGUCAUGCUGUUUAGUUUGUCAUAACCCAAGGCAAUGCCUGUCUUCCACGUUGGGCAGACAGAACGUAAAAAUCAGAAUUUUUUCAACACCUCUGGUGUUAGUUUUAUAUACAUGGAGGUUGAGACAUGAUCGUUAAUUUAUAUUAAUGCCCAAUGCAUGUAAACCAAAACAUUACCGACUCCAGGUGAGAUCAAAGAUUUUAAUAAAAUAUUAUCGAUUUAUAUUUAUUAAAUGCUUACUAAAUGCCUGUGAUAUUUAAGUUGUAUUCAGUACAACAGUAUUUAUUGUUCAGCAUGGUUAAUAUGCUUUAUUGAAUUAAAACAUUAAAACUUCAAUGAAUUUUGAAAUUUGGGUCUCUUGAAGAGAUUUGAAGAUCUUGUAUAGUUAAGAGUUUUAAUGUUGUUGAUUGACUCAUGAAAUUUUGAUAAAAAUUUUUUCAAAGCAACUUUUCUCAAAAUGAUUGGGAUAAUUUCAUUACUUGUGCUAUUUUAAAAGUUUGUCAGCAUUUUAUGUUCAGUGCAACUAAUUAACUUAUGUUACUUUGCUGAUUGUACUUUUGUAAUAAAUUUUUUAAAAAAUUAAACGAAAGUUACUGGAAUUUGUUUUGCUAU